CGAUUGUUGCGCAGCCUCUGUGAGAGCAAGCAGCUGAGCAAGGGAAGCUUGGAAAAUGACCGAAGGAAAGAUAAUAUUUGGCGAUGAAAUUUGGCAUUACCACCACAAAAGCCACAUUUUUCACCCAGACUCUGUUAUUUUAUCCUUAGAUAACCUGGACCAACAAACUCUGGGUAACAUUUCUUGACAUUGGGUAGUGUGUGGGGCAUUUAAGGCGCUUUCAUUGGCGACGGAAAAGGUGCACCUUUAACCGUUAUUUUUUUUUCCAUCAACAAGAAUGUCGCGAAACAACAAAAAUCCUCUCAUCCAGAAAAUAGCAAAGCAAGCAUUUAUGACCUUUAAAGGUUUAAAGUGUUCGGCCAACGGAGAUAGUAAAGUCUUUGCAGAAAAACAGGCCAAACUCAUCUCCUUAGUGACCGCGCUCAGGGCUCCGGAUCUGAGGAUCGCUCCCCCGAAAAACAAAUCGACCUCUGGUACGUCGGAGCCGGAGCCCCCGCCGGUCACCUACAUGCACAUCUGUGAGACAGAUGUGUUCAGCAUAGGGAUAUUCCUGCUCAGAACCGGAGCCUCCAUACCUCUUCACGACCAUCCAGGCAUGAACGGGAUGCUGAAGGUCCUCUAUGGCAAGGUGAGCGUCAGUUGCUUCGACAAACUGGAAAGCGGCCAGACAGUCAGCGCUGCUCUUCCUCGAUUUGAAACUCCCGUGGCUCCAUUCCAAAAUGCAUCUCUGCGACGUUCCGUGCUCCGCUCGGUGGCCGAGUACUCCGAGAACAGCGGACCUUGUCUCCUGACACCUCUACGGGAUAAUCUCCACCAGAUCGAUGCUGUAGACGGACCUGCUGCUUUCCUGGAUAUCCUGGCACCGCCAUACGAUCCAGAUGACGGGCGGGAUUGUCACUAUUACAAAGUUCUAAAAACUGCGGCCGACCCAGAUAUAGCUGUGAUGGAUAACCAGGAGCGGCAGGAAGAGGAGAAGGGGAAAGAGAAGGAGAUAUGGCUUUUGGAAAUCCCUCAGCCAGAGGACUUCUGGUGUGGUGGAGAGCCUUACCCGGGUCCUGUGGUUUCUGUGUGAAACCUCUGACCAGUCAAACUACAGCCGUACUAGAAUGUGCUUCGCGACAUGUACUCAGCCACAUUUCUAAAUCCAAUUUCUGCUUCCAUCAACAGGGAGGACAAACAUUAGGGUCAUCGUUACCUGGAGUGCUUUUGCUCCAAAGCUUCAAACCCUCCCUAAAAAUUGAAACGAGGGUUAGUAACGUACUAUCCACAGCAAAAUUCAAUGUAAUUCGCUGAAGUAUAAAAACUGAUUAUAAAAGUUCUUUACAUAAGGCUUUGGACCAUAUUGCCUUGUAAACAUAUAAAUGUAAUCUAGAACUCGAUUUUUUUCUCAGAAAUGUCUUGUGAAUCCAAUUUCAAAUCUCUUGGACUAAAUGAGGAGUAAACUACCACUUCAUACAUCAGAGCACAGUCGUUGACUUCCCAUCGCAGAAGAAUAAGCUAAAAAAAAAAAAAAAGUGACAUUUUUACUUUAGCUUGAACACUUUAUUUUCACUGUUUAAACACAACUUUUAAAGACGUGCUAAAAAAA